AUGUAUGGUACCUAUUAUUAUGCAUUUAAUUAUUACUCCGCUCUUCCCAAGACGCCUAAUCCGGCUUUGAACCCCAGACCCUUUAUCACCGCCAUCAUUCCUUCCUCCAGCUCCGCCCGCCGUACUUCCGCCAGCAUCCCUCUCCGGCGUCUCUCGUCCCAUUCUCGAUCCGGGGCAGAGCGGUCGACGUUGCUAUUUGAAUCCGGGGAAGAAGAGAAGAAGGAAGGCAGUCGGCCGUCCUCCCGUUCAUCCUACGCCUCUGACUUUUCCACCUGGUCCGAUACUGGCGACCUAGCGGAGCAGCUCGCCGACGCGGAGGACCCUCUUCGGUCCCGUCUGCGCCCGUCUCUCGACGAGGAGGUCUUCGGACACGCUCGGGCUCGGUCUCGAGGGGGGACGAAGAAGAAGAAAAGAGUACAUUACCCGGAAGACGUCAGUCAGCACGGUGGAGUUGAUAAAGAGGCCAUAGAGCUCCCUAGACCCGCUCCAAGACGGAUCUCUCGAGCGGAGCGGGUUAUAGCAGCCAUCAUGUCGCCCAGCAAUCGACAGGCCGCCCUCACGCAUGGCUUGGUGGGCAAGCCAUUGCUGUAUUUUACCAGUGUCUUUGUUUCUUUAGGCGUUUUCCUUUUUGGAUAUGAUCAGGGUGUCAUGUCUGGUAUUAUUACGGGUUGGUAUUUUAAGGACUACUUCAAUCAACCGUCCCGAGCGGAGAUCGGUACUGUCGUUGCCAUUCUGGAAAUAGGAGCGUUCAUUUCCUCGAUACUUGUUGGGAGGAUCGGUGAUGUGAUAGGCCGCAGGCGAACCAUUCUGUACGGGUCGAUCAUCUUCUUCAUCGGUGGUGCCUUCCAAUCGUUUGCCAAUGGUCUGCCAAUGAUGAUGGUUGGUCGUAUCAUUGCUGGUCUCGGAGUUGGUGCACUCUCGACUAUCGUUCCGGUUUACCAGUCGGAGAUUUCUCCGCCGCAUAACAGAGGAAAGCUGGCCUGUAUCGAGUUUACGGGCAACAUCACCGGAUACGCGGCUAGCGUAUGGGUUGACUAUCUAUGCAGCUUUAUCGAGAGCGAUUAUUCUUGGCGUCUUCCGCUGCUGUGCCAAUGCAUUAUGGGAGCCCUUCUCGGGUUUGGUAGUCUGAUCAUUUGCGAGUCGCCUAGGUGGUUGUUGGAUAAUGAUCAUGAUGAGGAGGGCAUGGUGGUCAUUGCCAACCUGUAUGGUGGAGGGGACCUGCACAAUGACAAGGCCCGACAGGAGUAUCGAGAGAUCAAGAUGAACGUCCUCCUUCAGCGCCAAGAGGGUGAAAGGUCAUACGGGGACAUGUUCAAGCGCUACUACAGGCGUGUCUUCAUUGCCAUGUCAGCUCAGGCCUUGGCACAGCUCAACGGUAUCAACGUGAUCUCUUACUACGCCCCUCUGGUGUUUGAGUCCGCUGGUUGGGCAGGUCGAGCAGCUAUCCUGAUGACGGGUGUCAAUGCACUUUCGUAUUUUGCGUCUACUAUACCGCCGUGGUACCUCGUCGACCGCUGGGGUAGACGCCCGAUCCUGCUUUCCGGUGCAGUGGCCAUGCUCCUCUCGCUCUCUGCGAUCUCCUACUUCAUCUAUAUCGACGUGCCUGCCACUCCUACCCUGACAGUCAUUUUCGUCAUGAUCUACAACGCUGCAUUCGGCGCGUCCUGGGGCCCCAUUCCAUGGCUGUAUCCCCCGGAAAUUCUCCCGCUCAGCAUUCGUGCAAAAGGCGCUAGUUUGAGUACCGCCACCAAUUGGGCGUUCAACUGGCUCGUUGGAGAAGUGACCCCCAUCCUGCAAGCAGCUAUCAAAUGGCGCCUAUAUCUCGUUCACGCGUUCUUCUGUGCGUGUAGUUUUGUUGUUGUGUACUUCCUGUACCCAGAGACCAGUGGUGUUCGCCUAGAAGAUAUGAAUGUUCUGUUCGGGGAUGCUUCAACGGCAAUGCCAACUCCUGCGGCACAGGCGGAACGAGGAUCUCUGAUAGGGGCGGGCUCGCCGGUCCCGUCUCUUGAUAUUCGACGUCAGCCGCACCAAUUCGGCGCAGAGAGUGCCAUUCCCGGACUGGACAUCGAACCUCCAAACAUCAACGGCAGUUCCAACGGCAAACAUGGCCGCGAUGAUGACCGGAGCGAGGGCAUUGGUGGCUGGAUCUCGAAUAUGGUGAACCGCAACCGGAAUGCCGGAGCGAAAGGCGGCAGUAGUAGUAGCCAAUAUAGACGUCUGGGGCAGGAUGAGGAGGAAUAA